CACUUGCGUCGUUCCUCCUCUCCUUCUCUCCUUCACUCUACCUCUCUAUCCCUCUAUCUCUCUCUCUAUCUCUGCAUGUGGAGUUUCCCAGCCCGAGCCGCGCGCCUCAGUGUGUGUGUGUGUAUGUGUGUGUAAAAACCUCGGGGAUCUCAGAGCCAUUGAUAAAAACGCCGGAUUAGAAAUGAGUUGUCCCGCUGCGUUCCACUCUUCCUCCUCCUCCUCCUUCUCCUCCUCCUCCUUCUCCUCCUCCUUCUCCUCCGCGCGCUGUUCUUCCACAUAGCGCUGCCUUCCCUUCCCUGCUCUGUAUACAUCUGUUUUAUGGGACUUGGGCGAAGCAUGAGGAUGAACGCGGCGUUAGCAGUACUCCUCUGGUGCGCCACGGUGGCGCUGGUGGGGACGACAAAGACAGAGCGAGCACUGUUCUCGUCAUGUGACUCCGGGCAAUACACGGAUGAUGGCGAGUGCUGUAAAGAGUGUCCACCAGGAGAGGGCGUAGUCCAAAAGUGUGGAGCUGCUCAGACUGUCUGCGCCCAGUGUUUAGACAGUGAGACGUACUCGGAGAACUACAGCCACACAGAGACAUGCCUGCCAUGUACACAGUGUGUGGGCAUGAUGCGCAUGGAGACGCCCUGCACCGACUCCAAUGACGCCAUCUGCGUCUGCAACUACAACUUCUUCCUGAGCGACAUCACGGGCCAGUGCGAGCCCUGUACGGUGUGCCCCAUGGGACAGGGCGUGUUGGAGCAUUGCACCCACAACCACGACACGAUGUGUGAGGAGUGCGUGGACGACACCUUCUCCGAGAGGGACAGCUCCUUGGACCCCUGCCUGCCCUGCACCAUCUGCGACGAGGACACGGAGAUACAGCUCGAGGAGUGCACGCCCAUAAGUGACUCUGUCUGCCAUAAUCCUCUGCUUCCCACUUAUGUCCCUCUGACGGACACAACUAUGCCACUGCUCUCCACAAGCCUCUUCUUUCCUGAUGGAUCUGAGAGCCCGUUGCCGGGGGAGACCACCACCUCCAGCUCCGGUUCCCCGCGGUUCCUCGGAGGGGGGCUCAACGAGAACCUCAUCCCCAUCUACUGCUCCAUCCUGGCGGCCGUCGUGGUGGGAUUCAUCGCCUACAUUGUCUUCAAGAGGUGGAACAGUUGUAAGCAGAACAAACAAGCGGCUAACAACCGAGCGGCGACCAACAACCAGAUGGUGACCCCGGAGGGCGAGAAGCUGCACAGCGACAGCGGCAUCUCCGUGGACAGCCAGAGUCUCCAGGAGCAACAACAACAACAGCAGCAACAGCAACAACAACAGCAACAGGCCCAGGCAGAAGUGCAGAGCCAGCCGACACACGCACCCGAGCAGAUAGUUGUGCGAGUAGAUGGUGGACCGCAGCCCGACUCCCCCCCUCCUGAGGUCUGAAGAGAGGGCGGGACAACACACAGGAAGAGGAACUCAAUCUCGGACUCAAAAAAACAACAAAAAACAAAAAGGGGGCUCAAGUAGUUUCAGAGCAAAGACAUUGGUGAGGCCCCCUAAACCGGAGCGUUGAAUGAGACUCUUCAGGAACCUGGAGGACAAUGGAAAACCCAGUGCCUAGACUUUUAUGGCAAUAUCAACCACUAUCUUUACCAACAUCACUGUACAAGGACACAACUCAUUAUGGUGUGAUCUUAGUUUAACACUCUUCAAGUUUGGUCCUAUGCCAUCAUGUGUAUCUGCCAUCAUGUGUGCACUGGCUCUAUGAUUUCUUUUACAUCAGAUGCCCUCCCGUAUGCUUUCCAUUUAUCAAGGGUU